GCAGAGCUCGCGACGUUACGUAGUCGCCAUUUUGUUUCCCCGGGAGUAAAGAAACCAAACGGAGCAGCGCCGGCGUCAAUAGUCUCCAUCACCCGCAGCACCGUCCCCACGGCCGAGCAGCGUCCUGCACCCAGGGCUACAUGAUGUCUGGAGACAUGGCCACGGAUCUUACUGGUGACAUGGCCACGGAUCUUACUGGUGACAUGGCCACGGAUCUUACUGGUGACAUGGCCACGGAUCUUACUGGUGACAUGGCCACGGAUCUUACUGGUGACAUGGCCACGGAUCUUACUGGUGACAUGGCCUCGGAUGUAACUGGUGACAUGACCACCGAUCUAACUGGUGACAUGCCCACCGAUCUAACUGGUGACAUGCCCACCGAUCUAACUGGAGACAUGCCCACCGAUCUAACUGGAGACAUGCCCACCGAUCUAACUGGAGACAUGGCCACGGAUCAUGUAAAUGGAAACGGCACAGAGGAACCAAUGGACACUACAGCAGCCGCGGCCCACUCAGAACAUUUCCAGGCGUUACUGGAAGCUGGUUUACCUCAGCAGGUCGCCGAGAAGUUAGAUGAACUUUAUGUAGCAGGCCUGGUGGCACACAGUGACCUCGACGAACGGGCUAUCGAAGCUUUGAAAGAAUUCAACGAGGAGGGAGCGCUGCAAGUGCUGGUCCAGUUCAAAGAGAGCGACCUGUCACACGUGCAGAACAAAAGUGCCUUUCUCUGUGGUGUAAUGAAGACGUACAGACAGAGGGAGAAACAAGGGACAAAAGUUUCAGAUUCCACUAAAGGACCCGAUGAGGCUAAAAUCAAAGAACUCCUGGACAGAACCAACUACACACUGGACGUCACAACAGGACAGAGAAAGUAUGGGGGCCCCCCGCCUGAGUCUGUGUACUCAGGGGCCCAGCCCACAGUUGGAACAGAGAUAUUUGUCGGGAAGAUUCCCCGUGACCUGUUUGAAGACGAGCUGGUUCCUCUCUUUGAGAAGGCCGGGUCUAUCUGGGAUCUCAGGCUAAUGAUGGACCCGCUGAGCGGCAUGAACAGGGGCUAUGCCUUCGUCACGUUCUGUAAUAAAGACGCAGCCCAGGAGGCGGUGAAGCUGUGUAAUAACUACGAGAUUCGCCCUGGAAAGCACAUCGGGGUUUGUAUAUCUGUCGCCAACAACAGGCUCUUUGUUGGCUCCAUUCCCAAGAGUAAAACAAAGGAGCAGAUCGUCGAAGAAUUCGCGAAAGUCACAGAGGGCCUCAGUGAUGUCAUACUGUACCAUCAACCUGACGACAAAAAGAAGAACCGCGGCUUUUGCUUCCUGGAGUAUGAAGACCACAAAACGGCGGCUCAGGCACGUCGCCGGCUUAUGAGCGGGAAGGUGAAGGUGUGGGGCAACGUGGUGACAGUGGAGUGGGCUGAUCCCAUCGAAGACCCCGACCCAGAGGUCAUGUCCAAGGUCAAGGUUUUAUUUGUGAGAAAUCUUUCCAACGGCGUGACAGAGGAGAUCCUGGAAAAGUCCUUCAGUGCGUUUGGGAACCUGGAGCGAGUGAAGAAGCUCAAAGAUUACGCUUUCAUUCACUUUGAAGAGAGGGACGGAGCCGUGAAGGCAUUGGAGGAAUUGAACGGGAAGGACCUGGAGGGUGAUGCCAUUCAGAUUGUUUUUGCUAAACCGCCAGAUCAGAAGAGGAAGGAGCGUAAAGCCCAGAGACAAGCAGCCAAAACACAAAUGUAUGAUGACUAUUACUACUACCCUCCCCCUGCCCACAUGCCGCCGCCUGCGAGAGGCCGGGGCAGAGGCGGCAACCGGGGUGGCUACUCUUACCCACCCGACUACUACGGUUACGAUGACUACUAUGACUAUUAUGGCUAUGACUAUCCCAACUAUCGUGGCGGCUAUGACGACCCCUAUUACGGCUACGACGACUUCCAGGGCCCAAGCCGAGGGCGCGGUGGAAGCAGGGGCUCACGGGGGGGAGCCUCUCCAUCCAGGGGACGUGGCGGCGCAGGCGCACCAAGGGGCAGGUCCAGCUUCUCCCAGCGUGGCGGGCCAGGACCAGGCCGUGGCGGGCGUGGCGCAAGAGGAGGAGUGCAGCCGAGAGGGCGAGGAGGGGUACGUGGUGCGCGGGGUGGCCGCGGUGGAAAUGUAGGAGGAAAGCGCAAAGCUGAUGGGUACAACCAGCCAGAUUCCAAGCGUCGCCAAACCAAUAAUCAGAACUGGGGCUCUCAACCCAUUGCUCAGCAACCGCUCCAAGGUGGUGAUCAUUCUGCAGGUUAAAGGGGUCGAGGCCGGUCCUGACGCGUCACUAUGAAGACUGACCAGCGUAUGGCGUUGCGCGCUGCAGGCUGCCAGUGGACGGAAUGGUAAGGUCACCUGACUCAGUGGUCCAGCCGUAUUCCUGCUUUUUCUUUUUUUUCUUUUUAAGGAGCAGAUCUCCUGAAACUGCCACGUUUUUGAAAAUCAGAAGCAAAACAUGGGCUGUUUUUUAUCAUUAUUAUUGUAAAAAAUGUGUGACUCUUAAGUUUUAAAAGACCCAACCACCGUUACGACUGAGUGAGCUCACGAUGGACAAUUGGACAAAAAAGUCUCUGCACUUUUUUUGAUUUUUUUUUAAUGAAACUUGAUGUUACUUUUUUUUCUUUUAGCUUUUAAACUUCAUCUUUACGAUGGACUAGACGUGAUGAUCUAUGAUUAUCAGAUAAUCUGUGAUUAUCAGGUAGAGUUGAGGUGUGACGAUCACCUGCCGUUUAAGGUCGGGCAUUCCAGAAAACUGGUUCUUUUCUGAACUAAAGCCAGCGAGGGUUCGUUAACUUCCUCAGUUUCGAGGAUGCGUCUCCUCCGUUUCUUUUUGUAUUUGAGGAAACGGAGGCUGCCCCCCCCUUCCCCCCUUCCCCUCCAAUUCAUAGACUGUAAAUAAAGAUGGAUGCCGUAUCUCCACUUCCUCCCACUAUCUAGAAACAAAGCCAAGUAUCUUAGAUACGAAGGCUUCCAUCUUGCACAUUUGGAGACUGUGCAGUAGUGUUAGUGGCGUGGAUCUGUGGUGUCAACCAGUCAGGCUCAGCUGUCAAUCAUGAUGUCUCAGAAUGUUAUUCAGACACAAACUCCAGAGAAUAUCAACACAAUAGUUUCUGUACAUUUCCUGUAGUUAGUGUUUGAGAAGCAGGUUGUCGGGUCCGACUCGUUCACACCAACAGGAACAUCCAGGCGAGGGGCGGAGCCUGUAGAGCAGCAGGAGGCCGGACAUGACGUAUAAAUUCAGUGUUUACAGCUCAUCCACACCGGCGUCGGCCCUCGUCACCAAAAGCUCUGGAAUCUCCUCGUCCUCAUGUUCUUUACAGCCCCUCUGGCUCCAUGUCCCAACUGCGAACGUGGGACGAGGUGGGCUUCACUAUAUUCAGCCACCAGCGGGGGGUUGAGACCGUUUGGCUUUUGGGAACCGUCAUGUCGUCCAUCUUUAUUUACAGUCUAUGCUCCUCUCCUCCUGAGAUAAAGAUGCACAGGCAACAACAACAAGCACUUAAAGAGUCUCAGUUCUCAGCUGCUCCUGAGAUGAGCCUGAACAAGCAUCGCUGUCCCUGAACGUGAUGAGCAAUGAUGUCGCUGACGGACAGACCUUUUCUAGCUUUCUAUUUUUCUUGUAAAAUCUUAAAUGCCUGGAAACCACAGUCAUAGCUUUGUCCUCCACGAUGGGGAAAAUUGUCUUAAUGUUGUUUUUGUUCACAAAGUGACGUCUGGGGUCGUCUGCACCAACAUGUCGUGUUUUACACGAACAGGAAGGAGCAGUGAAGCUGACUUUUACUUAUUGAGUCUUUGAGCCGGUCUGGAAGGGAAAAAAAAGUUUCCACGUCCUGCAAAGUUUUAAUCCCAGAAGCAUAACUCCAUGUUUCACUCUGUACGUCACUGUAGACUGAUGAUGGUGCUAUGAGCUGUACGUGGUCGUGACAAACAUUUCCUGUAACUGGUGUUGAAGCAUGUCUUCACUGUGACAUGACGAUGUUAAGACUUUAAAGGAGCAGAUCCAUCCUGACAACCUGAAACUGCUCAGACACUAAGAAACAGCAUUUGAGCUCAUUAAUAAUAAUCUGCAAAGUGAAUCUGUCAGAAUAAACUGUCUGAUGUUGUUUAUGAUAAAGUCAUCGAUAAAAAUUGUUUCCUCCUCUCAAGUCUGACCCAAGCUUCAUGUUUGUUCUAUUGUUCUUUUAUCUGAUAACUUUAAACUAAACUAAAAACAUUCAAUUAAAAAAAAAAAACAUUCAAUUCAGUAAAAUGUUAAGCUCCAAAUAUUAGCACAAUAAGGUCAAGACCUUAAAAUGUAUAAAGACACCAACAGUUCCCACAAUGAGCCGUUCUGACUGGAGAGAAAAACUCUAAGUGAAGAAACGUGUUGGUUGGAUUUCUCCUUUAAACUCUUUAAACAUCAGUUUGUUUUCUAUUUCUUUGUGACUCCUGUUUUAUUCUUCAGUUCAGAAAGAAUUGUGCAGCUUGUUUAAUUUUUUCUUCAAACCCAGUUUGUGAAAAUCUUGCGGACUUUUGGAAUUUAAGGGUCAAGAAAUGUUUUUGUUUGUUUUGCUAACAAGUGUGUUUGCAUUCUUGCAAAUAAAUUGUUUUAUACUUGUACAGUGACGCGAGUUAAACCUAUUUUUCUAAUAAAGUUGAUGACUUUGA